UUCUGGAAUACAUUUAUAGAUAGCUCAAAUGCAGAUUGCAAAAGAGAGUGAGGGAUUUCCAGAGCUUCUGCAAUCAGCAGCUGGAACUGGAAUCUGCUGCACCUAUCGGACAAGUUUUGGGAAAAUAUUAUGUUUGAUAUACAGAAAUCAUUGCGGACCUGAUCAUCAUGACCCCGGCCCGAAAAAUAACGGGGUUGGGCAGAUUUUUGGGCCAGGUAUUCGGGCCCGGCCCAGUCCGAUUGUUUUAUUUUUUGAGUGGGUUUUAGGCAACUCAAAGUUGCAAUCUUAGUUAUAAAUUUGGCCCGAAAUAACGGGUUUUGGGCAGAAAAUUUCGACUCAACAGCAGAAAUUUUAAGCCAUGGCCGAGCCGAACCCCGGCCCACACUUUGAUCAGGUCUAGUUGCAUCCAUGGGGGAUUGUUUUGAUGUUAGCUAGUGCUCUGUUACUGGAAUCUGCAACUAACUCAACAAUGUCGGUCAACCAAUUGAACAGGUUGUGCAGGAAAUCUGUGAUAUUUUUAAGUUUGCCAACAAUUUAAGGAUCAUACCCAUGUAUCUACAUUUGUUUCAGGAUUUAGGUAUGUGUUGAACAUGAGUAUGGGAAGGUUAAUGGUUUAUUGGAGUAACAAAGCAUGGAUGGAGUUUUGUGUCCUUAAAUUUGAGCCUUUUUUCCAGGUCACAAGCUGAAUAAUAUAUAGGAAUCUGGCUCAUGAAUGGUUUGAAGUGAUUGCAACCCAGAGGUCCAGGUACUUCUGUGACCAGUAGGGAAAGAAACACAGAACAAAUUUCCUACCAAGCUAAGUAUUUCCUGCCCAACUCUUCAUAGUUUUGAGUUUUGACUAUGAUAUUAGAGACUGCAAAAGUAGGGAACGCGAUACAGAGCCAUUGUGGAUAUAUUACUGCUUCCUCACAGGCAUCUAUAUGACAGUAAUUUGAUUCAUCAAAUGCUUGAUCGGCACAAAGAUUAUAUUUACAGAUCAUAAAAUGGGUGAUAGCAUGAAGGAGAAAUUUAUACAAUCAGCCAUAUUCUGAGAAUCUGUGAAUGACAACCAUUUUCAGCAAGGUGACUGCCAAACAAAAUCUGUUACAUCUGGCUCCAUUUCCAUGCCUUUCACGGGCUGUAAAGAUUGACAUGGGCCGAGCCGAGGCCCGACCGACCCGACAUGAAUAAAUCCCGGUCCGACACGGGCACGGAAAAAGCAUGACCCAGCACGAAGUCGUGGGCCGGGCUUGUGUCACUUUUUUUCGGGAAAAGCACAAGGCAAGGCACGAAAAAACACGCUAAAUUUAGUAAAUUAGCCAUGAGCACGGCGGACAGGACCGACCCGGCACGUGGACUUGGGCUCAUUUUGAACUUUGCGGCCCGGCCAGUCACGAUGCAGAGUGGUUUGGCAUGGGCCAGACCCGUUAGGCCCACGGCUCGGCCCAAAGCCUGACACAACCCGGCACACAACCAUCUUAAAGGGCUGUAGAAGAUCUCUAUAGGCUAUAAAGUUGAGUCUCAUGAUUUGUUAUCAGGUAAGCACUAAUUUGGUAUUCCCUAGUCACGAUUCUUCUUCCCGGACAAAUCUGAAGUGUCUUUGAAAUUAAUAAUGCAUGAGUGGCAUUUUUUUAACAGUUCCAUGAAGAUCCUGUAUUAAACAAAUACUCUUAGAAGAAUUUGCUAUUUGCUCAUAAACAUAUUCAAUGACUUGUGUUUUUUUUGUUAAAUGUGGAGUGCAAAUACAAGUAAAAUGGGACAAAGCAGCUCAUGACAUCACAGUCGGCAAACAAACUGAUCUUUACUUUUCUUAAUUGCCAAUUGAUCACUGAUUUGACCCUGUCAAAUUGUGUGAUUUUCUUUAUUUGAGUAAUAUUCUAAUUCAGUAAUUUGCAUGGGUUUCGAAUCUGACGUCUGUUAAUACAAUCUGAUAUCCUGAUUAUCUUUAUUCUCAUCUGUCAAUGGCUACGGGACUCACCAUUCAGGGCAUUCACCAAAAUCAUGGUAAUCCCAUCUUAACAUUUUAGUCCCUUUUAUCUUUUAUUAUUGUCUGAUAUUAUGUUAUUAUCUUUUUUGCCUGAUAUAAUUUCCAUGUGUAGAUCUCUCACUCGUUUUGUAAAGAUUUUUUUGGAAAGGAAAGCCACCAAGUUUGGAAACUAUUUUUUGAAUGGCUAUAAGUGGGAGAUCUUCUUGGUUUAGCAGUGUUCUUCUCUCUGCCCUAUCACUUUGUUUACUAAAUAUAGAUGAUGAUUCACAUUAACCAUAUACUUUGCCUAAAUUUAGGAUGGUUAGCUUGUUAAAUACAAUUCCUAUUUUUCUCUAUCCUCCUCUUUUGACCAAUCUGAUUCUCCUCUGAACGAGGACUAAAAACAAAAAAACAAAAAAAACACAAAAACAAAAAAAAAACAUCAAAAAACAAAUCUGGGUGGGGCUGGAGUUUUGUUCAUACCUCAGGCUCUAACUCAUUUUUAAUUACAACUAUUGGGGUUAUUGAUUUUGUGUUUUCAUUUACAUUUCCCCCAUUGUUUUUUUUUAAUACGUCAAGAUCAUUUAAAUUGACUUUUCAAAUAAAUUUUGCAAUAAAAAAGGGGAAAACAAUAAAAAAUAAAAAUCAGAACCCUUUUAUUGUUGGAACUUUCUCCUGAACUUUGCCAGGAUAUCUCAAAGGUGGUGGUCAAUCUUCUCAGGUAUUGGGUAAUAAUAAUCUGCAUGGUGUAUUAGUUUAUUUUCUUUCUUUUUUUAAUUUUGUUUUUGGGUUAUUAAUGCUGAUUUUCUCAUGCAAUUCCUUUCAAAGUUUUUUUUUGUCAGAGGUUCAGAAAUGCAGGAACAAAUGAUGAUGCACGAAGACACCCAAGAGGAGCUUAAUGAGGUGAAGGAAGCCCUUAAGGAUGCAAACAGGGAACUACAGAUCAAGGAAAAGACAAUUGAGUCCCUGAAAUCUGAGGUUGAUAAGCUGAAACAAUUGGAGUUUAAGUUGAAUGAAAAAGAAGUUUCACUACAGAAGAAGGUGGAAGAAGAGGCGAAGGUCCACGCAAGAAGAAUCCAGGAGUUGGAGGUUGAACUUGGCAGAAGAAAAGCGUCAGAAACAAAGCUUUCUGAGUCAUUUGCUGCCCAAACUAGCCAGGUUAAGGAGUCUUCAAUCUUGCUAGAGAAAUCAAGGAUUCAGGUAACUUUGCUUGAAGAGAAAAUGCAAGAUAAAGAAAAUGCCACUCGUGCAGUUGAGGCACGUGAACCUGCGUUCUUAGAUAAGACAAACUUGUUGGAUGAGAUUUAUAUUCUAAAGAAUGAGCUGAAUAUGGCCAUGGAAGCAGAGCACAAGAGUAAAAAAGCCAUGGACGAACUCGCAGUAGUUUUAAAAGAAGUAGCCAUUGAAGCCAACCAGGCAAAGGGAAAGCUCACAUCAACAGAACAGCAACUUGAAGCAAUGAAAGAGGAAGCAGCGAAUUUAAAACAAAUGGUGAAAAGUGCCGAAGAGUCAUAUGAAGCGCUCUUGAUAUCAUCAAAGAAAGAGAAUGAUCGGUUAAAAAAUACAGUUGACAGGUUAAGACUAGAGGCAGAGGAUUCUCUUUUGGCAUGGAAUGACAGAGAAAUUCAGUUUGUUAAGUGUAUAAAGAUAACUGAUGAUGAGAAAAGUGCUGUUCAGAAAGAAUGCAGUAAUCUGACAAAGUUGUUGAAAGAGGCUGAAGUUAUGAGUGAAAAGGCAAAAGAAGAGAACAAGAAUUUGAGGGAUAUAUUAAAACAAGCUUUGAAUGAAGCUAAUGUGGCUAAAGAAGCUUCUAGUCUUGCUCGAGCUGAGAAUUCUCAUCUAAAAGAUGCAAUUACUGAGAAGGAUAAAGCCCUUAUUACCCUUGCUCUUGAAACUGAGCGGCUUAGGAUUAAUGAGGCCGAAGCAAACGAGACUGUCAAGGAACUGAAGAGGGUAAUGGUUUCAGGGUCGUCUAAAAAGGAAAACAAAGAUCAGAAAAGGGAUAAAGAGAACUUAAAAGAGCAGAAAAAGGUGGCAAAGAAAGAAACAGCUUCAUCAGCAGAAAACAGCACAGAGUUUAGUAAUAAUAAUAAUAAAGAAGUCAAAGAAUCGAGGAGAUUCAGUUUUGAUCUGAACCAGCUCUGGCUUCCUAGUAUGGCAUGUAAGCCAUCGAACAAGGGUGUUGAUAGUGACGAAGAAGGUGGUGAAGAUGACGCACUUGGUGGUUCUAUAUUCGACCUGAUAGAAACAUCCCCGGUAAAGGACGAUAAUCAUCUUCAAAGAACAGGAUCAACUUGCAGUAGUGGUGAUGAUAAUAAUAAUAAUAAUAAUAACAAUAAUCUGAAUUUUGAUAAUUUUGAUGAAGAUGCAAAUUUUGAUGAUAUGGAGAUUGAUAGGUCUUCACAGGGGAAGAGGAAAGCAUUGUUGAGGAGAUUUGGUGACCUUUUGAGGAGGAAAAACUCUCACCCUCCAAAGGAUUUACCUCACCCAUCAAAAGAUGUACCACAUUCACCAAAGGAGAUACCAGCUUAAUUACCAGCUUAAUUAGGUAGUAAUUAAGGUGGAUUUUUCUUUUACUGUUUUUAAACAUCCCAUAUUUUUUUUCUAGUAGCUUUAAUUAGUGUCUGUUUGUUCAUGUUAGAUUUCUCAUUCUGUUGAUCCUUGAUUCGACGGUGAUGGAAGUAAAUAAAAGCACAUACUUUAGAUUUCAAAAUAACAUAACAUUUUCAAUGCCCCUUUA